ACUACAACCAGAGCUAGCCCAACUACAACCACAGCUAGCCCAACAACUACCACAUCUAGCCCAACUACAACCACAACAAGCCCAACAACUACCACACCCAGCCCAACUACAACCACAUCUACCCCAACUACAACCACAGCUAGCCAAAAAACUACAACAUCUGGCACAACAACAACCACAUCUUCCCCAACUACAACCACAACAAGCCCAACAACUACCACAUCCAGCCCAACUACAACCACAUCUAGCCCAACUUCAACCACAGCUAGCCCAACUACAACCACAUCCAGCCCAACUACAACCACAUCUAGCCCAACUACAACCACAUCCAGCCCAACUACAACCACAGCUAGCCCAACAACCACAACAACCACAUCUAGCCCAACUACAACCACAGCUAGCCCAACUACAACCACAGCUAGCCCAACUACAACCACAGCUAGCCCAACAACUACCACAUCUAGCCCAACUACAACCACAACUAGCCCAACUACCACCACAGUUAGCCCAACAACUACUACAUCCAGCCCAACAACUACCACAACUAGCCUAACUACAACCACAUCUAGCCCAACUACAACAACAUCUAGUCCAACUACAACCACAGCAAGCCCAACAACUACCACAUCUAGCCCAACUACAACCACAGUUAGCCCAACAACUACAACAUCCAGCCCAACUACAACCACAUCUAGCCCAACUACAACCACAGCUAGCCCAACUACAACCACAUCUAGCCCAACAACUACCACAUCUAGCACAACUACAACCACAGCAAGCCCAACAACUACCACAGCAAGCCCAACAACUACCACAGCAAGCCUAACUACAACCACAGCUAGCCCAACAACUACAACAUCCAGCCCAACUACAACCACAUCUAGCCCAACUACAACCACAGCUAGCCCAACUACAACCACAUCUAGCCCAACAACUACCACAUCUAGCACAACUACAACCACAGCAAGCCCAACAACUACCACAGCAAGCCCAACAACUACCACAGCAAGCCUAACUACAACCACAGCUAGCCCAACAACUACCACAUCUAGCCCAACUACAACCACAGCUAGCCCAACAACUACCACAUCUAGCCCAACUACAACCACAUCCAGCCAAACAACUACCACAUCAAGCCCAACUACAACCACAACUAGCCCAACUACAACCACAGUUAGCCCAACAACUACUAUAUCCAGCCCAACAACUACCACAACUAGCCCAACGACCACCACAGUUAGCCCAGCAACUACUACAUCCAGCCCAACAACUACCACAACUAGCCCAACUACAACCACAGCUAUCCCAACAACUACCACAUCUAACCCAACUACAACCACAGUUAGCACAACAACUACUAGAUCCAACCCAACUACAACCACAACUAGCCCAACUACCACCACAGUUAGCCCAGCAACUACUACAUCCAGCCCAACAACUACCACAACUAGCCAAACUACAACCACAGCUAGCCCAACAACUACCACAUCAAGCCCAACUACAACCACAACUAGCCCAACUACAACCACAGUUAGCCCAACAACUACUAUAUCCAGCCCAACAACUACCACAACUAGCCCAACUACAACCACAGUUAGCCCAACAACUACUAGAUCCAGCCCAACUACAACCACAACUAGCCCAACUGCCACCACAGUUAGCCCAGCAACUACUACAUCCAGCCCAACAACUACCACAACUAGCCCAACUACAACCACAGCUAGCCCAACAACCACAUCUAGCCCAACUACAACCACAGUUAGCCCAACAACUACAACAUCCAGCCCAACUACAACCACAUCUAGCCCAACUACAACCACAGGUAGCCCAACUACAACCACAUCUAGCCCAACAACUACCACAUCUAGCACAACUACAACCACAGCAAGCCCAACAACUACCACAGCAAUCCCAACAACUACCACAGCAAGCCUAACUACAACCACAGCUAGCCCAACAACUACCACAUCUAGCCCAACUACAACCACAGCUAGCCCAACUACAACCACAGCUAGCCCAACAACUACCACAUCAAGCCCAACUACAACCACAUCUACCCCAACUACAACCACAUCUACCCCAACUACAACCACAGCUAGCCCAACAACUACCACAUCUAGCCCAACUACAACCACCGCAAGCCCAACAACUACCACAGCCAGCCCAACUACAACCACAGCUAGCCCAACUACAACUACAACAUCUGGCACAACUACAACCACAUCUUCCCCAACCUCAACCACAGCAAGCCCAACAACUACCACAUCGGUCCCAACUACAACCACAGCUAGCCCAACAACAACAACAUCUAGCCCAACUACAACCACAGCUAGCCCAACUACCACAUCUACCCAAACUACAACCACAUUUAGCCCAACUACAACCACAUCUAGCCCAUUUACAACCACAACUACCACAUCUAGCCCAACUACGACCACAGCUAGCCCAACAACUACCACAUCUACCCCAACUACAACCACAUCUGGCCCAACUACAACCACAUCUACCCCAACUACAACCACAGCUAGCCCAACAACUACAACAUCUAGCACAACUACAACCACGUCUACCCAAACGAUAACCACAACUAGCCCAACGACUACAACAUCCAGCCCGAGUACAACCACAGCGAGCCAAACAACUACCACAUCUAGCCCAACAACUACCACAUCUAGCCCAACUACAACGACAGCUGAACCAACUACAACCAUAGCUGGACGAACAACUACCACAUCCAGCCCAACUACAACCACAGCUAGCCCAACAACUACCACAUCUAGCCAAACUACA